GACCCUCGUGAACGCCUCCGCACCCUCCCAUCACCCGUCGCGCAGCCCCCAUUCGCUCUCUGUCGCUCCCGCGACGCCGUGCUAGAUGGCUUCCACCGGUGCCUAUACCGAAGCAGACUCGGCGCAGAUGGGCGGAGGCUCGGGGCUCUACGUAAAUCAAAACGGCGGAACCCCCCCGCCGCAACAACAACAACAACAACAGCCGCCCCAACAGCAGCAACAUGUCCCUACAGACCCCGACCUCCAGUUCCCCGACAUAGCCCAGCAGCUCCAGAGAAGCUCCGAGAUGAUGCAUGCUGGCGCCCCGCAAACCCACCAGAUGAAUGCCGCGCUGAACGCCCAUCACCAAUUCCAGACUCCACCGCGUCCGACGCACUCGCCGCAGGCAAUGGCGCAGUCUGUCAUGAAUCUGGAGGAGCACAUGUCCUACAGCGACCACGACGGGGGGUCGAGUCGGAAGCGAUCCAAGGUUUCGCGCGCUUGCGAUGAGUGUCGCCGGAAGAAGAUUCGGUGCGAUGCGACUAGCGAGAAUGGUCCAGAGGCUUGUUCUAGCUGCAAGCGGACUGGCGCGCGUUGUCAGUUCAGUCGACAACCCAUGAAACGCGGGCCAAGUAAAGGUUACAUCAAGGAGUUGGCCGAUCGCCUGAAUUCCCUAGAGAGCCAGAUACAGCAUCCACAUGCCCCAGGCCCAGGCUACGAUUAUAUGAGUGUUGGAGAUCAGGGUUUGCCAGACAUCCAGACGCCGUCACAGUUUACUCGGAAGCGCACACAUUCCAUCUCUGAAGGCAUGCAAGACUCUUACGGAACCUCAAACCGCCAGAUGGGCUGGUCCGGCCAGGACCGAGAAUACCCGUCCAACGGUGCUGUUCAAGCUAUACACCGGCGCCCUUCUUAUGACGACAUGGCUUUAGUAGGUAGUCUUAUCACGGGUUCCAACGAGGGCGUAAUCAAAGCAUACUGGACUGCCAUCCACCCCAUCUUGCCCAUCCUCGCCCAGGAUCCAAGCUCAUUGAAUCGUCUGACCAAUUGCCCCGCCAAGUUGCGGGAGGCAUUCUUUUUGGCUCUAGAAUGCGGGGUCCGCUCGUUUGCUCCACUGAACCUUCUACCCACAGACAGCAGCCCUCUCCAACUAAUGCACCGAUGCCUGGAGGUUGUAGAUAUGACACAGCAAACGCUCGCCGACGUGGACAGCUCGCGCCAGCUCUACAACCAAAUAGUCUAUUGUCAAUCACUGGCGUUCUUAGCCUUCGCGUCCGAUAAAUUCGGCCCUGCUGGAAUGACGAAUACGGCCGAAUUGCUAGGUCGGCUAGCCGGACGCAUCUCUGAACUUGGACUCAAUGACUCAAAGGUCCUCAACAACAUCCGAGAGCAGGACCAUGAAAACUUUGAAUCUGCGAGACGCCUUUUCUGGGUUGUGUUCAUUCUAGACCGUUUCCAUGCAUCUAGCAUGUCCAGGGAUAUCGUCCUACCACUAUACUGUGGCAGUGUCUCCCGUGAAGACUUUUCUGCUUUGGGUGAACUUGCAUAUCACCUCGCUCGUGCCGCAGAUAUUGUCGGCCAAAUCGCCUAUCUGAUUCGUGCUAACAGUAUCCCCAACAUGGAACCCUCGUCUCCGUACGCAAUUGUAGCAAUGACCUCUUCAUCGCCUUCAUCUCUAUAUCUUAAUGGCCAACUUUCUCGCUUCAGGGAAUCCCUCGACAUCACCAAUCUCCCAAAGAACUCAGUCCCAUAUCUCGCCUACCAAUAUCUCCGCAUCAUCGUUGCGCGUCUCUCGCCCUACACCGCAUCGAACGAUCAUCUAACACUGACGCGAGACCUACUGGGUAACUUGAUGAGCGGGCCGGUGACACCACUUCACCACAUAUUUGCAAGCCUCGUGGCAACAUCCCUGAUGGAGCUUUCUGAUCGUGUAGAAACUCAAGUCGAGGCCCAUGCCAGCAUCAAGGAAAUGGACGACGCCAUCUCCAACAGCCAAAUAGUACACCGAAGCGCAGACGGCGCAAGCUGGGACACAGCAAUCCGAGAUCUUCUGCGUCAAAAGAAAGCCCCGACACCCAGCACUUCCCCGGGGCAGUCGAGCACAACUGCACAGCCUAACAUGGCCGGUCUUCAGCACCUCGCAGCUGCCGCGGUGGGAGAGCGCGAAGGCGCGGAUGCCGUGAGACCAAGUAGCAGUGGAGGAAGCGGGCCUCUUCCACCACCCUCCGAUAUGAAACACGACGUCGCGGCCGCAGUCGCCGCAGCAAGCGAAGCAGCAGCAGCGCAAGCCACUGCCGCGGCCGCACAGAAACAGUUGCAGAAUUCUUCGGGAAAUGGAAAUGGAGGUAAUAAUUACGAUGCGAGUGCGUUAGUAAAAGAGGGCUUUAUGACAGCCCUCUCAUAACCCAACCCAGCUGCGUUCCAUGUAACACCGUUUUCAUAUUGUGGGGAUUUAGCUAACGAAAUGCUGGUGGCCGACAGAUUAUGACUAUACUUCGUACAAGGCUUACCCGGACACGUUCUUUCUCCCCGUUCAACAGUUCUGAUGGGUUUUCUGAGCAGGG